AACAUUUAUUUCAAAUUGGUCAUCAUACCAAUCUUUAAUAAUUGAAACCUAUCAACUUUUAUUAUAUACUCUUUUGAAACUCAAACUAUAUAUUAUACACUCCUCCAUCAACCUAUACAUACACAACCACCACCGUCCACCGCGACCACCACCGUCAAAUGUCAUCACAAGACUCUCAACCGUUCCACUGGCACUUCUCAACAGAACUCAACCACAAUGAUCUCGAAAUACAUGGCCGUACACUCUUCUUCAUCGUCAUACUUUUAGCCCUAGUGAUCCUCAUAACACUCUUAUCCCUCUAUGCCCGUUGGGUCUGCCGUUACCAACAACACCAUAUUCCGUCGUCAAACCCGCUAAGUCACACGCUAGCUCCGUCGCAGCGCGGGCUAGGCCUUGAUCAGACCAUGAUAAAGGCUAUACCAAUAAGUUUGCACCAAUCAUCGUCGUCGUCGUCAUCAUUGUCUGAAUGCUGUAUAUGUUUAGGUGUGUUUGAAGAGGGUGAUAAAGUUAAAGUGUUGCCGGAAUGUAACCAUUUUUUCCACUGUGAAUGUGUUGAUAAAUGGCUUGUUACUCAUUCGAGUUGCCCUCUUUGUAGAGCUUUAAUUCUAUGCUGCGACACGGUUUAGUUUAGAUUCUCCAUUGAUAAUUAUGUAUUGCAGAUUACAUUAAUGUAAAUGAAAUUGAAGGCUAAAUGUAACAUGUCAAGUUAAUUGUGUAAAUUGAUGGAAUGUGAUAUGUUCACAGAGUAAACGGUUUAUUAUUAUGUAA